AUGGAUGAACAUAGUGGUUGGUUGGCAGCAUUGCAGGCUGCUUGCGCUCAUGAGUUUGCACCCCACUGGUUGAGAAAGCCCCGGCGCCUCCAUGGUGGGCCAUGGCCUUUGCAACUGGAAGUAGGAGUGAAUGGUGCCGGGCUCGCAGGCGUUUACUGCCUUCAAGAAGGCGGUGAUGUCCCAAGCUAUUGGUGUGAGAAGGUUCCAGAUGCUUGCUUGGAACUUUCCACGAGUUUGGGUCUUUGGCUACUUCUGAGCAAGCCAAUUCCCGACGCGGAUGACCGAGCACAAAAGACCAGAUGCUUGUACAACUUGGGUUCGCUUAGUGGGCGCCAAUUGCUUUAUGCUGGCAAUGCAGCACAAGAUUUGAUGCAGAUGGACUGGUUUCCAGUCUUGGGCGCUUCACCAGCUCCUCGGAUCUUUCCGCGAAGUGCUUCAAAGACGGCACUCACCCUGGACACAGUGCAGCUAGGCAGCGGACGAGGACAAAGGCUUUCCGCUGAGACUGCAUCUGCAACGCUUGCAUUCUUGCUGGAUCUUCGUUCUGCAAGGCUCCGCAGCUGCAUCCACUCGCGAGCACUCUGCAAUUUGACUUGCGACACUGCUCCGCAGAUUGCAUUGUGGCUGCUUUCCCAUGCAGGUGAUGCACAACGACUGGCUUGCGUUUGUAAAUCCUUUCGCGGACUGGUGCAACUCUACAGGAACCAAUGGCCAGAUGACUUUCUCCGCUUGUUUCAGCUUCACGGAAGCCAUGGCUGGCCGGUGGGUAAGCCUAACCAAGUCUUGCAGGUGCUCUCGCGAAGUUCUUGGCAAAACAUGCUGCAUUUAACCGACUUGCCGGCCUUCCGUGACAAUGCUUGGCCUGUGCAUGUGACGUCCGUGGCAUUAAAGAUGCCGGCCAAAACUCAGCCAGACAAUUACUUGGACUUUUCAACACUGCGGGAGCUCCGUGGGCCUUUUGCAGCCUUUGCAUGGAAGCUUCUUCAUGAUAUACCAUUACCUUGGGCCAAAAUGCUGGCAUCCAGGCCGAUGGUUCGUGAAGGGAUGACCUCAUCCAGAGCUUCACCAUCUGACAGUGAGACAAAGACCCUUACAGCCGACCUUCUUUAUGAGAAUUGUCUUCAAGGCCAUCAGCAUCUUGCAGGUCAGACUGGCCUUUUAGUGACCUCCGGUGGCUUCGUAUCACGCAACGGAUGUUUCAUACGACGCCGUGUUGGUGCUGCCCUCCGGGAUUUGGCUCGGACGGUUCCAUCCUUGUGCCUUACAGGAUGGAGCCAAGGAUGGUCUUCCAGCUUUCGGGAUGGUGGACAACUCUGUUUCUUCUGUGAGCGGGAUGCAAGCGAGGAGCGAUGUCGACAGUGCAAAGACACACGCAGUUGGUCCACACUAUCUGCAAGCUUUAGUAUGAGUUUCAGUCUUGAAGUCAACGGUGACCCAACUCAGGUAGAAUUUGCAAUCGAAGCUCGUGCUCUACCUUUCAUGAGCAUUAGCUCUGAUGUGAGAAUAUAUGACAAGCUGGAGGAUGUUUUUGGGAAGCUCGAUGAGGUAGAGCAAUUUGAAGACGAUAUGGACGAGAACAAGAGUGAUGAAGAUGAAGACACUGCGGAGUCUGCGGAGCAAGAUAACGGCACAGAGACUGCCCGCGAAGGCGCCGAAGAAGCCAAGGAUGACACGGACGGCACGACUGAACUGCCUUCGUCACAAGACUCUAUGUCUUCCAUGGGAUGA